AUGGGGCGCCGGGCAGGGCGCACGCGCGGGGCGGGCGGGGCGGUCACGUGGCGCGAACACCCCUGCCGCGGGCGCUCGGGCGGGCCGGGCUCGCUGGCACGUGCGGGCGCGGCCGCAGGUAGGUGCCCGCGGCGGCCCGGGCCCAGGGUGCGCGAGGGCGUCUGGCCUCAUCCUCGCCUCUGCGCCGGGGUCCCGGGCUCCCCACUCCGAGACCCCUAG